AUAUGAGAUAAUUUCAGAAUAGAAAAUAUUUACUUCAACACAAUGAAAACUGAGAUAAACAUAACGGAGCUGAAUAUUUUCACAGAAUCUAUUAUAACAGAUUAUACUCCCCCGGACUCAAGGGAGUGUUCUAACUCUCCUCCCUCCAGACCAGCCUCCCCGCCCACUAAACGGAAGUUUCAUGCCCAACGCAGGCCUGCGCUAGGGCAGGAGGGUAAACCCAUUUCUCUCAGAGCAAAUCAUUUAGAGGUAUCUGUUAAACCCGGGUACAUAUACCAGUACAACGUCAACAUUACACCUGGUGGAUGUCCAAGACGUGUGAAUCGUGAAAUUGUAAAAACUAUGGUGGAUGCUUAUACAGCCAUAUGGAGAACUUCAAUGGGUCCUAUUCUCCCUGUAUAUGAUGGUAGAGAGAGCCUGUAUACUAUUGAACCUAUACCAAGUGUAGAGGAUAAGGAGAAUCUUGAACUCCAGGUAACCCUAGCAGCGCAUGAUGGGAGGGAGAGAUCUUUUAUGGUCAUGGUCUCUUAUGAGCAAAAGAUCUCCUUGUAUGAUCUGCUGUCUAGUAUUGAAGGUCGUCUUCGAGAAGUGCCGGAAGAUGCUGCUUUUGCUUUAGAUGUUGUUAUGCGACACCUACCUAGUAUGCUGUAUACUCCCGUAGGGCGUUCGUUCUUUUCCCCGCCUACCAACUAUUUCCACCCCCUUGGAGGGGGUAGAGAGGUUUGGUUUGGUUUUCACCAAUCUGUUCGGCCUUCACACUGGAAGAUGACGCUUAACAUAGAUGUCUCUGCAACAGCUUUCUACAAAGGACAAUCAGUUGUGGAGUUUGCUUCAGAGUUGCUAGAUCUCAGAAAUCUUGAAUCUGGUGUUCAACUCAACGACACCCAGCGCUCUAGGCUUGCCAAAGAGUUGAAAGGACUGAAGGUGGAGAUCACCCAUUCUCAGAUUGCGCGCAAAUACCGCGUUUGCAAUCUUACGCGACGAAGUGCGCAGAUGCAAUGCUUUCCGCUUCAGCUGGAGAACGGUCAAACUGUGGAGUGUACUGUGUCAAAGUUCUUCAUGGACAAAUACAGGAUGAAACUAAGAUAUCCAGGUCUACCCUGUCUCCAGGUUGGACAGGAGCACAAGCAUACCUAUCUACCCAUGGAGGUAUGUCGUAUAGUAGCUGGGCAGAGAUGUUUGAAGAAGUUGACCGACCUACAGACCUCAACUAUGAUCAAGGCAACCGCUAGAUCUGCUCCAGAUAGAGAGAGAGAAAUUAGGAAUCUAAUCACCAAAGCUGAUUUCAACAAUGAUCCCUAUGUGAAGAAGUUUGGUCUGGAUGUAUCCCAAAGAAUGAUGGAAACCCAGGGUAGGGUUCUGAACCCUCCUAAACUGGAAUAUGGUUCCAGGAGUGCCAGAACAUUCACAGUGCCCAGUCAAGGAGUUUGGGACAUGCGAGGAAAACAGUUCUAUGAAGGGAUGACAAUUAAACAUUGGGCAAUUGCCUGCUUUACACCUCAGCAGUCAGUCAAACCCCAGGAUCUGAAGCUGUUUGUUGACCGUCUAAGCCAGAUCUCCAGCGACCUGGGAAUGAGGAUAAUCAGAGAACCCUGCUUCUGUAAAUAUAUUCAUGAUGCUACCAGUGUUAUGCCCAUGUUCAACUUCCUUAAGAAAGAGUUCCCUGAGUUGCAGCUGAUUGUUGUUGUACUCCCUGGGAAAACUCCCGUCUAUGCUGAAGUCAAGAGAAUGGGGGACAGUGUUUUAGGAAUUGCAACCCAGUGUAUCAAGUCCAAGAAUGUGACCCGGACAACUGCCCAGAUGUUGUCGAACCUAUGCUUGAAGAUCAACGCUAAGCUGGGGGGGAUAAACACCAUCCUAGUUCCAGAGAACAGGAUCAGGAUAUUCAGUGAGCCUCUGAUGUUCCUUGGAGCUACUGUGACCCAUCCCCCAGCUGGAGACACAAAGAAGCCAAGCAUUGCUGCUCUUGUUGCCUCAGUUGAUGCUCAUCCAUCAUUGUACAGUGCUGUAGUCAGGAUACAAAUGGCAAGGAUGGACGUGAUCAAUGCUUUGUAUGAGAUGGUUAAAGAGUCCUUGGUCAACUUCUAUGUCAAGACUGGAUUCAAACCUCAUAGGAUUGUGAUGUACCGUGAUGGUGUUUCAGAGGGUCAAUUUGCUUCUGUACUUCAAAACGAACUGCUUGCCAUUAGGAAAGCUUGUGUAUCCCUGGAGACGGAUUACCGGCCCGGCAUCACCUUCAUUGUUGUACAGAAGAGGCAUCACACACGGCUGUUCUGCGCCAAUCCAAGGGAUCAGUCGGGACGGUCCGGUAAUGUACCGGCAGGAACCACUGUGGAUUCUAACAUCACUCACCCAACAGAGAAUGAUUUCUAUCUCUGUUCUCAUCAAGGAAUCCAGGGCACUAGUCGACCCUCCUACUACCGUUGUUUGUGGGAUGAUAAUCAGCUGACUGCUGAUGAAUUGCAGACCAUGACCUACUCUCUCUGCCAUACAUACGCCAGAUGUACAAGAAGUGUUUCUAUCCCUGCUCCCGCUUACUACGCUCAUCUAGUUGCCAUCAGAGCAAGAUACCACAUCAUAGACAAGGAUGUGGAUACUGACCAAGGAAGUGUGUAUAGUGAUCAAACAACCGCCACAACAGGAUCAGGGAACAAUGUUGAUGACUCAAGGUACAUCAACGUGGAGAAGGCAAUGCAAGUUCAUGCUUGCAGUAAAAAUGUCAUGUACUUUGCUUGAACAUUACAUACAGUACAAUACAUCGCUUGCAUAGUAAUCACAUUGCAUAGCAUGAAUAGUACACACAGUGCUUAGCUUGGACAUUGUAGACAGUACAGUACUCGAGUAGUAAACUAAGUACAUUGCUUGGAUAGUAAGUACACUUAAUAACUUUGCUUUUACUGCAGUACACAACGAAUUUGGUUGUACACACAGUACUUAAAGUUUUGAAAGUUUGAAGUAUUAAAUAGUACACACAGUACUUCUGCUUUGAAAAUUGACGCGGUACAUAGUACUUUGCAAACUGUACUUAAUGUACUUAAAGUGUUUUCCUGAAACCAAAAAUCAAAUUUACUGAGAGUACAAAUGGUUUUGAAUAACAAUGCUUUCCAAUUACACAAAUUGAAUUAAUCAGUUUUAAAUUCAACAUAUUUGGAUUUUUACUUUGAUGACUCAAAAAAAAAUUAAGAAAAAUUAAAAAUUUUAAAAAUACGAAACUUGCAUAUUUAACACUCAAGAAUAGUUAUUAUAAUUAAGUGCCUUAUUUUUUAAUUUAACGUGAAAUGUAGUAUAAUAACUUUUUAAACUCAAAUGUGCUAAGUGUUCCAACUGUACAGUACUGUUCCAACUGUACAGUACCAUCUUACUUGUAAAAAGUGUUUUGGAAGUUUAUUAAGUACUUCCAUUUUAUUCAUAUUUUGUGUGCUCUGUUUACAAAACAGUUUUUAAUCUGGUUUUUAUUUUCAGUUUUAAUAAGACUUGACAAUUGUUAGUAUCAUCCUCUUAAACAUUUGAGUAUAUUUAUAAAUAAAGUAUUAAAAAAGA